UGUGACGAAUCCCGAUCAAUGCUUAUCGAUCUACUUGAUAAAUACUCGAUGAACAUUUGAUAUUUCAUUUUCAUGAAGUUAUUUCUGCACACAGUAAUUAUUAGUCGAUGAACCUAAACUAAACGGACUUUAAACUACCUUGUAAUAAGUUUGCCCUGAAUCUAUGAUGGGGGACCAGUACCACCUUAAGUUCGAUGCCUCAAAGGGCCAGGCGGUGGAUGAGUACCUGGAAUAUCGCAGGAUUGUGGGUGAAGAUGAUGGGGGUAAACCCUUUACUCCAAAGGAGUUCGAAGAAUACAAGAAAAAAGUUUUACCAAUGCGUAUGAAGAAUCGACUCUACACGGCCUUGGCCGGCCCUACAGGGAUGGACUGCAAGCUGGUAGGACCCGAAACGCCCUGCUUCUGCAAACACAGAUACAAACAGCAUAAAACCGACUUCGAAGCGAUUCCAAAGGAGCGGCCAAUCAAGCUGCCUUGCCGCGCGGCGGGCUGCAAAUGCGCCAGCUACCACUACGUCCCUCUCAACGGCAGUCAACCGAUCCGCUGUCACUGCAAACAUACUGCUGACGAACACAAGGAGUUCGGCAAAUUUGUUUGCACUAAAGCCGGUUGUACAAAGUGCACGGGAUUCAAGAGCUCGUUCACAUGCGGUUGCGGAGCGCCGGUAAGCAGUCACACGAUGAUCGUGGAGACGGCCGAUGAGCGGGAGGCGCGCGGACAUCCGCUAGGGGAGGCAACCCCAUACGCAGCUAUGGGCGGCAUAACUGGAUUCUCUUCUAUGGCCGAAGGAUACAUGAGAUUGGAUCCAAGUGGCAAAGGUGCGCCGAACAAGGGUUUCCUUGAGCAAUCGGUGACGUCGGCAGACAACCCAUUCUUACGUUCCAACGUACAGGCCAUGAAGCAACAUCAGAUGAAGAAAAAUGCUGCAGGUCUGACUGGUCCCGACGAUGAGAUUUUCGACGACCAGGCUGAACGCGUGUCUGCCAUGAGGAGACCGGGAGAGGACGACAUGGCGUAUUACGAACGUAGACACCAAGAACGGAAGGCUGCCGGUGACAUUGGUGGAGCACCGGAAGUACAGAUGGGCAGAUUGGAGAUCGGCUCCCGUAAUGUAGUACAGGAGAAACCAAGAUCCGGAAGGAAACACUGAACCCAUCAGACAACAUAUCUGGAGCAGCCUCAUAUAAUAUAUGCACUAAGUUUGGACUUCACUUGAAGAGUUAAUCUAAUGGUAUUUUGUAUGAAGAGCCACCAUGUUAAUCAGAAUUGUUUUUGGUUUACAUGUUAUGUUUAUUUCUAUUUGUUUUUAUUUAUUAUUUUAUAAAAUAUAAGUAACUAUUAACAUGUCAUAGUCGGUUUUUAUUAAAAAUAUGGGGUUACUUGUCUUUCAUAUUUUUAAAAUAAUGCCCCAUAAUAUUUAGCAUUUCAUUGUUCAGUGUUAUUCACUGAUAGAAUAUAUAAUUAUUCUGGGACCAUCGUAUCAAAGGGCGGACGAUGAAUAUGUGUAAGAUCGACAUAUAGAUAAGCAAGUGUAAGAAAUCGAAUUAUGAUUUAAACAAGUAAAUUCAAAAUAAACCUAGUGUAGCAUUUUCAGUCUGACUAUUUGUACCAAAAUAUAUCUCAUUACGACCGGUACUAAACGGACGGACGUUGCCAUGGAAGGGAUUGUAUGGUCCCAUUCUUCAUAACCUUUGAAUGGUUUGGAAUAAAAAAGACUACUUUUUGUGCAUGGUGACUGGUAAUUUUCUGCAAUUCGUAUUGUUACUUAAUCGUAUUUUCAUGCUUCAUUGUUUCAUAGUAUGUAAUUGUAUAAGAUUUUAUACGUCAUGUUUAGUUUUUAAACCGUAAAGAGGUGAAAGUAGAAGGUACAGCGUGACAAAUGGAAACAGUUGAUACUUAUAAUUAUAUGAAUGAUUAAUCAAUUGUGAAUCACCCUUUUUAUGUAAAUUGUUUGAGGUGUACAUACUGAAUUUCUAAUUUCAUUUUUCUCAAACACAUAACAAUUGGUUUAAGUCACAGUACGAUGACACAUUUUGCUUCAACAUAUUGUUUCAAUCACGGUUGUUUUUUUACAAUAUAUGCUAACUUGAAUGGUGCUCUGUUUUUGUGAUAUACAUUUCUUUAGAAAUAAAACAAGAACAUUUAAUUAAUAAUA